AUGACGGCUAUAGAAGAGAAUCGGACACACAAGGAGAAUGUCAGCCCCACACCAUGGGAACUUGAACACCUUACUCGUGUCCCGGAUGACAUAAAGUGGACCAUAUACUUGGUUGCAGUGGCAGAAUUGGCAGAGCGUUUUACCUACCGUUGUGUCACAGCCCCUUUGCAAAACUAUGUUCAAAAUGCUCGCGAGGAUCCAUUGCGGCCAGGAGCAUUGAAUAUGGGGCAGGGUAUUGCCACCUGCAUUAGCUUUUUUUACAUGGGCUGGACCAGUCUGGCCCCUGUUAUAGGAGCCAUAGUGGCGGACACUUGGAUAGGAAGGUGUUCAUGGAGUGGAUCUUUAUUGCUUUUCAGUACCUCAUUCCCUGCAAGCCUUGAUCAAGGGGCGGGUCUACCAGGUCUCCUGGUAGCUUUAUUCUUACUUGGUCUGGGCUCUGGAGGUAUCAGGAGCAAUGUCGCCCCUCUCAUUGCAGACCAAUAUGUGAGGAAACCGGUUCAAGUUCGGACGCUCGAAAAUGGGACCAAAGUCUUGAUUGAUCCCGACCUAACAAUUCAGACUAUAUAUGGUCGAUAUUACUGGGUGGUCAAUCUAGGACCUCUCGCUGUAAUUCCAGCGUCGUGGUUGGAGCUAAAGGUGUCCUUUUGGGCGGCAUUCAUGCUUCCGCUUGUAUUCUGGUUACUCACUGUAGCUAUAUUGAUCCCCUGCCGGGCAUCCUACAGUGUGCAGAAACCGCGCGGCUCUGUUAUAAUCCAAGCAGCCCAAGUUUUCUGGCUUGGUUUAAAAGGAGGUUUUAACCUUAACGCUGCAAAGCCAUCGUGUAUAACUGAGACACAUUCAGCCUUUGCGGUUUCGUGGGAUGACAAGUUUGUUGAUGAGCUGAGAGUAGCACUUGUGGCAUGUACGGUCUUUUGUAUAUUUCCGAUUUAUUGGGUGUGUUAUGGGCAGAUGAACAAUAGUCUAGUCAGCCAGGCUGCAGCAAUGGAAACCUACGGGAUUCCAAACGAUAUGAUGAGUUUCUUCAAUACUAUCGGAGUUCUGGCAUUCAUUCCCGUAAUGGAAAAGUGCCUUUUCCCGGCAUUACAGCGGCAUAAUAUUGACUUUAAACCGAUCAGUCGUAUAGCCGUAGGCUUUGUGGUGAUCUCUUGCGCAAUGGGCUAUUCAGCUGGGAUUCAAGCACUGAUAUAUAAAUCACCUCCAUGUUACGAUCAUCCUCUUCAAGGACCUUGCAGCAAUGGAGGCACAACGCCAAAUAAUGUGAAUGUCUUCCUCCAGAUCCCAACCUUUGCCAUGCUAGCAGUUACCGAAAUCCUCUCGAUUACUACUGGAAUGGAGUACGCGUACACUAAGGCACCAAGGUCCAUGCGAAGCCUUGCUGUAUCUCUUUUUAUCCUUAUGAAUGCUAUUGGUUCCGCAUUGGGAAUCGCGUUAUCCCCUGUCUCGAAGGAUCCAUCAAUUCUCAUAGAAUUCGCUUCGUUGAGUGGCGUUAUGUUCCUGACAGCUAUUCUAUCUUGGGUCUUUCUGGAUAGGUAUAAUAAGAAGGAAAAAGAGAUGAAUAAGUUGCACGAUGUAAAUGAUGGCUGA